GAAGAAUCAUAACCUAUAAGAACCGUCUCGUGAGGAUACUGUUAACAGAAACAAGUAACACACUCAAAGCUCGAUGAACCGAUCCACCCACCCACUAAAACGAAAUACCGAUAUCAAUAGAAGUUCCUCUACCUCGACCGAACCUCGAGAACAUACCCGCUCCCCGGUACCCAAUCUCCCUCCACCCACGAGCCACCUCGAUACCUCUAUACCAUUCUCAGUGAAAUCAAUCACUGCCACUCGACGAGCUAGAACUCGAACUCGAACUCGAGCUCGACGAGCUCGACGAACUCGACUCCGAGCAGCUUCGAUGCCGCCCACCGCGACGGUGCUUCUUCGUCUUCAUCCUUUUGCGUCUGCAGAGAAGUGUCAGCGUACGCCCGAGGCCGAUCCCCAGAUUUUAAGAGAAUGACAGAGCAAAAAAACCUACAUCUUACUCGCGAACCUCAUCCCCGCCGCCCCGGCCAACGCCCCUCCCGCCGUGCCGAGAAACCCACCCCCGAACUUGCGGCCCAGGAUCCCACCGGCUGCUGCACCGGUGACGGUGCUUGCUAGUUCUUCCUCGGUUGUUGGGGCUGGGCCUGCAGCUGAGGGGUCUGAAGGGGCUGGUGGUGGUGGUGGUGGAGGAGGAGGAGGAGGAGGGGG